AUGUCCGCCGAGGGAGAGACCCAGCCUACAUUGGCCCAGGAGGCCGCGUCGGGAGAGAGCGAGGUAGUCGCGCCCUUGCUGCCGUCGACGCCGCCGGCGUCGACGACGCCGACGACCAGCGUCACACGGCCACGUGCGAUGCUCCGACCCUACGAAAUUGUAUGGGUGGCUGGCGUGAUUGCCGUCAUGGUAUUUCUGCAUGUAACAUCGCAGGUGUUUAUUAUGUGGCCAUACUAUCGUUCGACACCGUCGUUUACGUUUGCACAGCUGAUGCGCGUCUUGAUCCCGCUGAAUUUGCUGGGUGCCUACAUGUACUAUGCGUACUACAUGUGCCUGACCUCGGAUCCCGGUGGCGUGCCGGUGGACUGGCGCCAGCCUCCAGAGGUGCACUCCGGCUGGAAGCGAUACUGCUACAAGUGCCAUGCGUACAAACCACCGCGCGCUCAUCACUGCCGCGUAUGCCGUCGAUGUGUACUGCGAAUGGAUCAUCACUGUCCAUGGAUUGGCAACUGUGUAGGCUACGGCACGUACUUGCACUUUCUCAAGUACACGACAGGUGUCGUGAUCGCCAUUACGUUCCACUUGACGAUGAUCACGUUGCGUGUGUUUGACUACUGGAAUUUUUAUCAUGUCAUGCCACGACCUUCCACCAUGGAAGCGGUGAUGAUUGUGCUCAAUUAUAUGCUGGGCAUUCCGACGAUCGCUCUUGUGACGUUCCUUACGUUGUACCACUACUACCUGCUGGCCACCAAUACCACCUCGAUCGAGUCCUGGGAAAAGGACCGCGUAGCCCGGCAAAUUCGGCGUGGUCAGAUUCCCUUCACCCGCUUCCCCUUUGAUGUGGGAUGCUGGCCCAAUAUCUGCGCUGUGCUGGGGCCCCAUGUCCUCCUAUGGCCGUGGCUCCGUCGCUCGCCCGGCGACGGUUUGCACUUUGAUGUCUCAUCCAAAGACAGCGAUGCACAGUAUGCAUGGCCGCCCCAGGAUCCACGUACAUACCUUCAACACCGCCGUCGUCGUCACCGUCCCAAGCUCAUGUCGCCAUUCACGUACGGCGACGAGCAGCUGAAUCCCAACUUGCAAGCGUCGCGGCAGGGCCACACACAGCCCCAAGCGCAAGCCCAUGCGACCUUACGCCAUCGUCCGCCCAUGGCAGAUGCGGACACCACAGCUGCGAUGGACGAUGGCUUCUACGACUCGUACUCGAGUGAAGGCGAGAGUGAUCACGACUCGGCAUCGGAGCAUGAGAUGGCGGUGCCCUCCGGCACAGUUCGUGUGCGGCGCGGCAGUGAAGGGUUCGAAGUACGUCCACCGCACUACGGCCGAGCCUUGUGGGAGCAGUUCGGCGCCGAGGCGUUCCCAGCAGGUACAGAGCCGCCGCCUGAAGCAGGCGUGGAUGGCCGAGCAUGGCGACCGUGA